UCUUCAACCUCACCCGCACACUUUGGUCUCAUCCUUUUAUAAAAUCCCUCUUCCCUGAAACGAUUUUUCGCCUCUCUCUCUCUCUCACACACACACACAAAAAUCUUCUCUGUCAUCGUUCUCUCUCUCUCUCUCUCCCCUCUCGGAGAUUUUACUCAGGGCGCUGAUAAAGAAAAAAUGAAUCAAUACAACCUUGAGCAGAAGAACAACGCCUUCAUGUCUCGCCGCGAGGAGGAGAUGAUGGGACUUGAUCGCAGCAACAAGGAGGAUCUUGUCGUUUGUCCUAAGCCUAGACGUGUCGGCUUACUCGUCACUCGCCCUCUCAGAUUACAUGUGAGUCAAGCUGCUGCUGAUCUGUGUGAUUCGAAAGCGGGCGCAGAGCUUUUGGACAUCAUCCGUAGAAAGGAGGACAAUGGUACAAUAGGGCAGUUACUACCACCUUCAUCGCCACCGUACUUUCCCGGUUCUCCCCCGAGCAGAGCAGCGAACCCGUUAGCCCAAGAUGCACGCUUUCGUGACGGCGAGAAGCUCAACUACCCACUCUCUUCACCAAACUCUCCUUUCCUUCAGCCCGGUUCAUCAUCAUCAGCCGGCUUCCCUUAUCCAUCAACAUCAACAUCAUCAUCGUCGUCGUCUCGUGGUUGCGCUCGAAUGAAAUUUGGGCUCAAACCACCUGCAGUUAGAGUAGAAGGGUUCGAUUGCUUGAACCGUGACCGCCAGAGCUCCAGCAUCCCCGCCAUGGCUUAGUAGACAAAAGCCAACAAUAAAAAAACAAGUGUAUAUACAGAGAGAUUCCGGACCAAGGCCCUAACAGAGAGAAGGAUUUGAUUACUAGUGUUACUACUACAUUUUUGAAGCAAAUGAAUAUGUGAUAUCUAUUUAGUGUUUUCUUUUUUUUUCAUCUUUUCCUGAGAGAGAGAGAGGGAGGAUGAAGAUGAAGAUCGGGUCACCGUUUUGUUAAUACAUUAAUAAUUAAGGAGAAGAUUAGAAAGAAGAAUCUGUAAAAUUUUAUCUUGGAGAAGAGGUCUGGUUUGUAUCUUUUUCCUUUUGAUUUCGUUGUAAUAUAAAAUUAUCUUCUUUA